CCUUUCCGGCGCGCGGGCAGGCGGUUCCGGCGCAGCCACUGGCGGUGUGUGUGAGGCCUGGCGGGGAUGUUAAUGGUGGACGCUGCUCCCGCCGCUGAGCAGCAGUGACCCAGCCCCGCCCGCUACCAUGUCCGUGGUGCCGCCCAACCGCUCGCAGACCGGCUGGCCCCGCGGGGUGAACCAGUUCGGCAACAAAUACAUCCAGCAGACCAAGCCGCUCACGCUGGAGCGGACCAUCAACCUGUAUCCACUUACAAAUUAUACAUUUGGCACGAAGGAACCCCUUUAUGAGAAGGACAGUUCAGUGGCAGCCCGGUUUCAGCGCAUGAGGGAAGAAUUUGACAAGAUUGGAAUGAGGCGGACUGUAGAGGGUGUUCUGAUUGUUCACGAGCAUAGGCUGCCCCAUGUGUUACUGUUGCAGCUAGGUACAACGUUCUUCAAACUACCAGGUGGUGAACUCAAUCCAGGAGAAGAUGAGGUAGAAGGACUCAAACGUUUAAUGACAGAGAUACUGGGACGUCAGGAUGGAGUUCAGCAAGACUGGGUGAUUGAUGACUGCAUUGGUAACUGGUGGAGACCAAACUUUGAACCUCCACAGUAUCCAUAUAUUCCAGCUCACAUUACAAAACCUAAAGAGCACAAAAAGCUCUUCUUGGUUCAGCUGCAGGAAAAGGCUUUGUUUGCGGUCCCAAAAAAUUACAAGUUGGUAGCUGCACCGUUGUUUGAGCUGUAUGACAAUGCCCCAGGAUAUGGACCUAUCAUUUCCAGCCUUCCUCAGCUUUUGAGCAGAUUCAAUUUUAUUUACAACUGAAUUCCCAUAUACCUGAAGAGUGUGGUAGAAGAAGCCGUCUCUGUGAGCACAGCUUUAAGAUGUAGAGGGAAGAAUACAUGUGAUGCAAGGAUUUUUUUUUUCCUGAAAACUGCUAAACUUUCUAUUGUCUGAAUAGCAAAGUGAAUCUCAACUGUGUAGAUAGUGGGAUGUCAAAUGUGAUUCAGUGUUUUAAUCACUUUUCAUUGUAAUAGUCACCAGUUUUUUUUGUACAACAUUAAACAAAAUAGAUUGGA